CCUGAUGAGAUCAAGAAGCUGGUUGGUGACCGGUCAGGCUUUGGUCAGAACGGAGUCUUCAUCGCGGGACAGCGGUGCCGGUUGAUCCGGGAUCAGUUGGACGUGGACCCUAUCUUCACACUGGACCUGAAGACCGCCGCUGAUGCUGACGGCAACGCCUACGGGAUCUGUGUGGGCAAGAGCAAAACAGCUAUAGUCAUUGUAAAGGGCAUCAAGGACGCCACCGGGGGACAGCUGUCCAGCAAGUUGUACUCUGUUGUUGAAUACCUCAGGAAGUCCAACUAUUGAUCGGUCAUGACUGCAAGUCCCCACCCCCACCUGAUGCUGCCCCACGCCCCCGAGCCUCAGGAGGGUUAUGCUCCACCUUCAGGGAUGAAACAUCAUGUCCUCCUCCAUCACUGACUGUGUGUGUGUGUGUGUGUGUGUGUGUGUGUGUGUGUGUGACUGCUGAUCAGCGCGUGUGUAUUCAGGGACGAGUGUUACAAGUUCCACACAGACAGAGUGGUGUCCAUCACACACCUGAAAUAAAGGCACGACUACGUUA